AGACCGGGGGACUGGAGCAGACGAGUCCAUCUGUCCGCCGCUCACAGCGCUUCCGUCGGUCGGGAUAUCCUGCCGUUUUCUUCAGAAACUUGGAAACUGUUCUCGAUUCUUGAAUGCUAGAAAACGCCUGAUACCCCCUCCUCUCUUUUGUUUCUUUUCCUUUUUAUUCUUCUUUCCUUAAAGUCGUUUCAAACGUCAUUGUCUCCGGAAACUAGCGCUACAUAAUUCACAGAAACAUAAAGUACUGAGAAGCAUCAUCAUGAGUGUACUGCCCCCUGUACGGAAAGACCGCAUCAUCAGCCAGCUUCCCAAGUGCUUCAGCAAAGGUGCUGCUUUGAACACAGAGGAUGAGUUCCACGGGAAGGUGAAGACGGCCUGUCAGCAGCAGAGGACAGGAACUGUGGGUAGGUUUAAGAUCUCAAAGGUCAUUGUAGUGGGUGAUCUUGCGGUGGGGAAAACCUGUCUGAUUAAUAGAUUUUGUAAAGAUGUCUUUGACAAAAAUUACAAGGCCACCAUUGGUGUGGACUUUGAAAUGGAGAGGUUUGAAGUUCUUGGGGUCCCUUUCAGCUUACAACUGUGGGACACUGCAGGACAGGAGAGAUUUAAAUGCAUUGCCUCUACAUACUACAGAGGAGCUCAGGCUGUCAUCAUUGUGUUUGAUUUGACUGAUGUGGCUUCACUGGAGCAUACGAGGCAAUGGCUGGAGGACGCAAUGAAAGAGAAUGAUCCUACCAGUGUAUUACUCUUCUUAGUAGGCACAAAGAAAGAUCUGAGUUCUCCUGCACAGUAUACACUAAUUGAGCAGGAUGCUGUUAAACUGGCAGAUCAGAUGAAAGCAGAGUAUUGGGCUGUGUCCGCCUUGUCUGGGGAGAAUGUAAGAGAGUUUUUCUUCAGAGUGGCAUCUUUAACGUUUGAGGCAAAUGUUCUGGCAGAACUGGAGAAAACUGGAUCCAGACGUAUUGGGGAAGUUGUUCGAAUCAACAGCAACUCAAAUAACAUGUCUGCAACUUCCAAGAAGAAACAGACCAACUGUUGUCAGUAAAGACAGCAAACAUUUGCACCAACAUACCAAAGCAAAACAUACACACAAAUGUACAUACACAUACAUUGGGAGAAUCUACAAGAUAGAAAAGUUGGAUGGACAGUAUUCCACAUAUGUGACUGUGCACAGAGCAGCGUGGUUUGUUAUUCAUAGGGUGAAACUGAAUAUCUGCUGGAUGAAAGAAAACAUUCCUCUGUUGGAAAACUUGUGGUUUGCAUUUUUUGUGGCAAAGCAGUAUUCGGUUUACCCAAAGGAUUUAUGCACAUUAAUAAGUGAUUAUUCAAUUGUUCAUCAAAAAUGCAUUUUAUCUCACAUUUUGCUUAGUUUACAAUCAGUCGUGGUUUUAAAAGGUACACAAGAGGAUCAUGCAUGAGUUGCACAAAAAGCAAUAAUAGUGAUACAUGUAUUUUUCUAUAUCAAAAAUCCUGUUUAUUAAAAAGGUAAUUUUUCUUUAAAAGUUAUAUAGAAUUUUUUUGGUACUUGUUCAAAUUAUUGCUUUAAAUAUUUUAAAAGUAUUAGGGCUUAUAUACUUUGUUUCCUGUGACUCUUUAAAUGAGCCAUUUAUUUAAUUCUUUAAAAACCUCUCCAUAAAUGUUUACACAAAUGUGUUAAUAUAUCAUAAUAAUGUUUUUUUUUAUGAAAUACUGUUUUUAAUACUGUUAAUAUUUUGAUCAAAUCUUUGGUUUAAAUGAAAUUCAUUAUUAUUGAUUAUUUUAACAUUUUCAAGCGAGUAAUUACAAUCUGAUAGCGACCUCUACUGGUAUUUUGUGUAACAACAACAGACCAUUUAUGACCAAUAUGACUGAAUGCUUCAAACGUGAAAAAUGUACUGGAUCAAAUCCAUUUCAAUUGAAAUGAAAAGAACAGUCUUCACAAGAUUCAUCCUUAUUCUCAUACAAUAAUCUUUGUCACAACCUGCAAAUGAUUCAAUGGCAAAAUCCCUUUAAAAUAAAAAAAAAAUACAUUAAAUGUU